AUGUACAGGAGCAGGACCAGGCAAUACUCCUGCACCUGUUACGUACAGGAGCAGGACCAGACAAUACUCCUGCACCUGUUAGGUACAGGAGCAGGACCAGACAAUACUCCUGCAUCUGUUAGAUACAGGUGCAGGAGUAUCGGUGCACAUUCUGAAGACAAUAGUGAAAAUAAUCGGGCGGCAGAAUCCGUAAGGAGGUUCGAACGCGACGUACUACUUCUGGUGAGUGUGAGCAGCGCGCACAGCGCAUUCAUUCAUUCAUAUUUGCCCCUGGCGCACUCACUUAACCAGUACGAUUUCCAAGUGGCUCCAAUUGAUUAUAAGCGCCUGGUAACUACUCGGCUGUACGUAUCGAAACGCACCAUGCCACUGCGCCGUACCCCACCACCAAAUCCCUCCUCACCGGUGCCCGCGCCGUCGGCGCAGUCAUCGCCACCGUUGCCGCGUUACGACUCAGAACCGAAUCUAAGUGGGGAGCGAACAUCGAGCGCGUUGCUUAAUGCUGGUAUGCGUAAACGUAAACGCGAAGACGAAUGCUUAAGUAAAAAUGAAAUCCUAGAUAUGUUUUCGAACCUUAAACUGGAGCAGGAGAAAAAAUUCGAUUUGUUGUUGGAGACAAUGCGAGAUAUCAAAAAACAAAACACGGAUAUUCACAACGCAAUGACCUUUUUGUCGCAAAAAUACGAUGAUUUACUUAAUAAAGUGACAUCUCUCGAAGCUGAAAGAAAAUUAGACCAUCAAAACAUAAAAUCUUUAGAAAUAAAAAUUGAAUAUUUGGAAAAAAAAUGGCGCAGUUCUUGGGUUGAAAUUCGAAAUGUACCCAAAAAACCAAAGGAAACUAAAAAUGAUUUAUCCACAAUUGUUAAUAAUUUAGGAAUCGCUUUAAACUUAACCUUACAGUCCGGAGAUAUUAAAGAUAUUUACAGAGUGAAUUCCACGAAAAAUUCGGAUAUGACACCUAUAUUACUGGAAUGUUCUAGUCAGUUAAUUAAGGAGGAAAUUAUUAGAUCUGUAAAAGCAUAUAACAAGCAGCAUAGAGAGAACAAAUUGAACACGAGCAACUUAAAAAUGGAUGGCCCCUCUAAACCAAUUUACGUUGCAGAGAGCUUAUCUUCGCACACGAGACGACUAUAUUAUCUAGCACGUGAAUAUGCCAAGACAAAUAAAUAUGCUUUCUGUUGGACCUCCAAAGGAACUGUUUACCUGAGGAAAAAUGAGGGUGCACCGCUGAUACGUGUAAACAAUGAAGCGGACUUGGUACUAACUGCUCCAGCUUGA